AUGUCUGACAAAGCUAGCUUACGAUCAACCUCGCCAAGCGUGAAUUUGGAUUGUAAAUUAUUUAGGAUAUGUUACUGUGUUUAUUUUUCGAGCCCAGGGCCCUCAGGAGAGAUGAGGACACUGACUGCGCUGGGGCUCCUGGCUGCUGUGUGGGGAGCUUUGAGGACUGAAGGUUUCUCUGUGCAGGGCCCCAAGGAGCCUCUAGUGGCCAGGCCUGGGGACGAGGUGCUGUUGCCCUGCUCUGUGGACAGCACUGUCCCCCUGCAGGAGCUGGAGGUGGAGUGGAGGAGGACAGAUCCAGACACCCUGGUGCUCCUGUUCUCCGGGGGGGAGAGCAGGCCGGAGUCCCAGGACCAGAGCUACCGGGGCCGAGCGGAGCUCUUCCCUCAGGAGAUUCCCAGAGGAAACUUCUCUCUGCGGCUGGCCAACGUCACGGCCGAAGAC